ACAAAUGCAAAUAACAAUUCAAAGCGUGCGGUUGUAUUUUUUGUUGAGCGUGCGGAAAAACGAAAAUCUAAGUGAAAAUUAAUAAUAAAAAACCACAGUACGGGAAAUUAGUGCGAGUUAAAAUGCUUGGCGUUGUUGUUGUAGUUUUUUAGAUUAUUGGCUAAUUGGUUAGAAGCAAAAUUUCGCCAGCUGCCAUGAUGCGCUACUCGGAAAUCUCACGUGACCUGUCCACGGAUAAUCUGCGCUACUCUGAGUUGAGCAGAAAACCCGCCGUUGCCAGCAACUAUGCUGGCUAUAAUGGGCAAUAUGCCGCAGCCACGCCCACUGCUACAGACGCCUGCUAUCAGUCGCACAGUCCAUGCGCAUCGCCACGCCAGUCCAAGCAACGCAGCAAUGCUGGCAAUGCGCAUACCUUGGCCUGUCUGCGCUCCGGUUUGGAUAAAGCGCAGAAGGAUGAGGCCACGCAAGCGGCUCAGCAGCCAGUGAGCAAAACAUUGAACAUUAAAAGCACGCGACGCAAAAAUUCCAUUGGCUGCCUCACUAGCUUCUCCUCGUCGCCAGACUCGCCUGGUUGUUACUACAGCAUAGCUACAACCGCUGCGCCGCCAAAUAAGACGCAAAGUUUGCCGGCGCAUGGCUCCAUUAAGCAGCUGGAUGCAGUCAUCUUGAGUGCGUUGCGUGUGCCCGCCGAUGUCUUGGCCAAUCAAAUCACUUUACUCGACUUUCCUGUCUUUGCUUUGAUACAACCCGAUGAGCUAAGCAGCUGCGCCUGGACCAAGAAGGACAAGCAUGUGGUGACGCCCAAUAUUGUGGCAUUUACCAAGCGAUUCAAUCACACCAGCUUCUGGACUGUGCAGGAGAUACUGAAUGCCGAGCAGCCCAAGCAGCGUGCAGAGAUUAUGACGCACUUCAUCAAAGUUGCCAAAAAGCUGCACGAGCUUAACAAUUUGCAUUCGUUGUUCGCAAUUAUAUCGGCCAUGCAAAGCGCCAGCAUUUAUCGCUUGAAGAAAACCUGGGCAUGCCUUUCGAAGAAGGAUCGUCAGUCCUUUGAUCGCCUAAGCGACAUAUUCAGCGAUCAGAGCAAUUGGGCGAACCUGCGCUCCUAUCUGGAGAGUCUGCGCUUGCCUUGCAUACCCUAUUUGGGUUUAUUUUUGACCGAUCUGAUUUACAUUGAUCUGGCACAUCCACACAAGGGCGGACUGGAGCCAGAGCAGCGACGCAAUAAAAUGAACAACAUAUUACGCGUUAUAUCCAACUAUCAGCAGUCGGACUAUCAGCAGCUGCAGCCGCAUGAGUCUACGCAAAAAUAUCUAACCUCAAUACGCUAUAUAGAGGAGCUGCAGAAUAUAUUCGAGGAAGAUCAGUACAAACGCUCGCUAAGUCUAGAGCCCGCCUCGCCGUCUGGUCCCAGCUCUUCAAGCUGCAGCUCUAAGGAAUCGUUCAAUGUGGAAGCUGUUACGCCUGCGCUGGGCUGUUUGAAUCUCUCGCCCGCCAAGACCAUUGGUUCGAUGCGCAUGGCCAGCGGCACCAAGUUCAUACCUGGACAUCGCAAGUGCCGCAGCUUGGGCACCAAAUUUCGCAGCAGCAGCUUGCCACGCAAUUUUGCACAGCGUUGUCAGUGCUGCAUUGUGAUGAUCGCGCCGGGCAUUGGCAUUGGCACCAUAUCCAAUAAGCGCUGCAGAUGCCGCCGCAUCUUUGGCAAAAUUGCGCCGCACAAUUACGAUGGACAGGCGCAUCAUUUGCACCUGGAUCACGAGCCAGGUCAACAGCCGCGUCACCAUCUGCUCGACGACUCUGUGCUGGAGCACAGCGAUGCGCUCUCCAGCGCUGACUUGACCUCGCUCGAAAGCGCCGAGGGCAUCAUGUGCGACUUCGGUGGCAGCGAUUGUGAUCUCAUGUCGCCGGAGGCCGCAGCAGCCAUGCAGGGCUGUGUGCGUCGCAAGACCGUGCAGAAGGAGGGACGCAAACCGGCUGUGGCCAGCUGGCAGCGCUAUUGGCUGCAAAUCUGGGCCAACUCGCUGGUCUACUUUCCGCCCAAGUCGUUCAAGGGCAGCGAGCGCGGCGACUUCAAGCGCGAGCCCUGCAAAGUGUGUCCGCUGGAGGGCUGGUAUGCCCAGGUCAGCGACAAUCCCAAGCAUAAGAAUACCUUUGAGCUAUACCACCGUCAAUUGGGCACCGUCUACAAGUUUCGCACGGACAGUCCGCAGAUGACGCAUCUCUGGACCAAUGCCAUUUGCAAGUUGGCCUCCACACGCGUGCCCAAGCCACUGCCCGCCAAUCUCAUGUCCUUUGAGUGAGACACACACACACACACACACACUCUCUCGAAUCUAAUGUACUCAAACAAUUAGUUUAGUGUUAACUGUAUUAGAUUUUAGCAACCAAAAAUUAUUCACGCAGCAAUCGACAUUCCCGCAAAAACCAACAAACCAAAAAUUAACGAACAAAUUGUAACGAUUUCAAAAUGAAUGGUAUUUCUAAAGACUGACAAAGAACAAAAACAGAAACGAAACAAUUUAGCUGGCAGAGCAGAUGACAUAGAACUACUAAAAUUUAAACAGCUUAUACAAUUUUGUUGCGUCUCUGUGCUGUAAUUGAUUAAACAAUAAUAAUUUUCUUGCUCAUAAUUUGUCUAUUGUAUUAAGUUUAAGUGGACAUUUAAUUUAUAGUUUUUUGUACAAUAGUGCCAUAUUAAUUUUUUAGUUUUAACUAGUUUUACAACGAACAAAUGCAACGCCUUAAAACAUAACAAUACAACAAAUUUAUGCACUUUACUUUUGCAACAAAGAAUCAAAAACAUAUUUCUAACGCAUACUCGAACAGGAAAUUAUAGGCUUUAAAAUUGCUUAAACUAAACUAAUGCUAUACCUAUGUUAUACUGUUAAAACAGCUCUAGACUUAGUCUAAGUUCUAAUAUAAAUAAUUUUUUAUGUAUACAAAUACUAUAUGUUGCAUGUUAUAGACAAUACAAGCGGCAACGAAAAUUUAUGUUCACUAUCAAAAUGUUUACUUUAAGCGCGCUAUCAACUACACAUAACUUACAUACAUCUAUUUUAAAAUACAAAAAAA